AGAAACUCCACGCCGCCGCGGAAGGAGGAAACGCCGGUCUGCCUCUCAAGUCCCGGGAAUAAGCCACCCAAAAAGUCUCAAUGCGCUCAACAUCAACCAGGACAGGACGUCAUGAGUUGCACACUCUCAUCGCUUCCUCACAAUGCACGAUGCUUCUUCGCUCCUUUGACAGUUGCCAUACAUUCUGACAAAACACUGUGCAUUCACUGUAGGUCUUGGUUGCGGGUGAGGUCAGAGUAGCGAGCGCACGCGCAUGCGAACACGACAGCGCAGUGAGACUCGGGAGCAUUCGGUCAACUGUUUUGUGUCUCUCCGCAGAAAAGCCGCCAAGCAGUUCCAGCAGAGCACCGUGGUCAACAGCCAAGUUCUGUUUUAUGACACCCCGCGGGAACAGGAUUGCAUCGUCUUGAUUGCACUAUGCCGAAGGUCAUUUCAAGGUCCGCCAUCUCGGCGUCCAAGGACGAAGAUACCCGAUCAAAUCUACGCGUCUUCUACUGUCUCUGCGGCGAAUUUGCGCUAGUUUGUGACCAGCCGCUGUCAGCGUGUCCCUCGAGGCCGCAGGAUGGGUCAUACGUGCUACGCUGCCUCGACUCCCGAGCGGAUCCUGAGACGGGAUACGUCAGGAAAGCGCGGAUAUUCAAGAUCAGUGCAACACAGCGAGAUCCGGUGCUCAUCCGACGGCCGGAUGGGUCUCUAGAAAAGCAAUAUCGAUUCCAUUGCCAGCGGUGUCAGUUGCCCUUGGGCUACGAGACGACCGUGCCCCCGCUCAAAAGUGGAAACUUUACGUACAUUCUCAAAGGCGCUCUCAGCGAAGCGCAAGGAACAGCACCACCCGAUGCAUUGUGGGCGGUGGAAGCGGAAGAGCCCUGAACGAAGGCAUGCGGCUCCUUGAUUUGUUCGCACCUUGUAUCAUCAUCGUCAUCAUUAGCACCGUAAAGUUACUUGCAGAUAACAAGAGUGCGAACGA